AGAAGAUGAGCUGCAUCAACUAAAUCUCAAAUAAACAACACUGAAGCCUCUCACUGAGCAAAGAUGCUGUGGACUCUGCUGUUCUUCUGUUUGAUUGGGACGUCUGCUCAGAACCAAGGAGCUAGCUGCACAACAGGAAAACUGAUAGAGGGAGGAAAAACAACUCAGUCUUCAACCUACGGCACUUUCUCCUCUGACAGAGCUGUUGAUGGGAUAUACAGUUCUUGUGCUCACACUGAAAACAAGUCCAACUCCUGGUGGACAAUAGAUUUACUGGGUCUAUACGAAAUUUCCUGUAUCAACAUCAACAACACUUCUCAUGGCAAUAUUAACCUAACGAAUGCUCACAUCCUCAUUGGGAACUCAUCUGAUGGAAACUUUGACCAACACAAUGUGUGUACAACUAUUUCUGACACCACCAGAGGAAAAAAUCAAACAUUUGAAUGUGACAAUGGACCCAUGUCUGGACGCUAUGUUACCGUACUCUUGAAUACAACAUCUGUUGUCAUUUUGUGUGAGGUGAAGAUCUACGGUACAAAAAAAGAUGGCUUGAUGCUGGUCCGAGAGAACAGAACCUGGGAAGAAGCCCUGUACCACUGCAGAGACUUAAACAUGGAUCUGGUGUCCAUCCUCAAUGAAGACACUCAGGGCUGGGUUGAGUUGGAGGCCAGGAAGGCUGACAGUCCCUAUGUAUGGCUGGGUCUUCACUACAGCUGCACACAGAAAUUAUUUUUGUGGGGCGAUGAUCACAUUGUAACAUUCGAGCGCUGGGGUCCAGGAGAGAAAGAAAUAGAAGACUGUGACAUGAGUGCUGUCAUUGACACAACAGGAAAUCACUACUGGUGGAAGAAGUUUGACUUUAAUAAGUUUAAUUUCAUCUGUGCAGAGUAAAAGACUUGUUUGACUUUACUUACUAAGUAGUGGAUGUCCCUCUAAUAUAUCAUGUGUGAGGGGUCCUGGCCCAGAGUAGCAGCUUUUCAGAUGUAGUCAAUGCUGAUGAAAUUAAUCAAAUGUUUCUACUGGUAUCUAUAGAGAAGAGUUUUUUUUCAUUGUCUUUAACUGUUUGUAUUGUUAUUUUCUUUUUUUUGCUUUGACUUCUGUUACUGAUAAUAAUGUAUUCUGAUGGUUAUAUGACAUGAAUUAUUUACCUUUCGCUGUGUGUUUUUGGUGCAUAUUCAUAUGAAUGACACUUUUUUAUUCAAUGAAUGUGGAUACUUUGCUGUCCAAAGUUGCUGUAGGUUUAUUUUAAUUCUGAAUCAAACAAACCAAACAAUCUUAUUGAUAGCAAUAAUAGUUGUAUAGUUGUAUUUUGUUUGAAUGGUAACUGAAUUCAGAGUGCUCUGUCACUUAAUAAGAAGCUUUGUUUGUUUGUUUUGUUUCUUUUCCCUGAUUUAUACAAAGCAGUUAUAUCUGCAUCCCUCAGCGUGUACAUUAGCUUGAAUGGGAUUUACAGAGGAUGUUAUUUAAUACUACUUAUUCAUGUCUGGGUUCUUGUUGAGUAAAUAAACCCUAAGAUGUG